UUGCAAUACCAACCCUCACAAUUCCUCCUUUCACUUCUUUUUCUUUGAUAUCUUGCUAGCUUAUCCUUUCGCUCUCUUGUUGUUUUUGGCUUUUCAUUUGAAUAUGGGUACUGAGGCAGUUGAGAUCAUCUAUGCAAAUGGUUUGUCUAAAAUCUGUGAUGGAAUCAAUCAAACUCAUUCUGAUGAUCAGACUCACAAUGAUUCUUCUUGGUUUGAAGAAUCCAUUGAUGAAGAUCUUAAAUGGUCUUUUGCUUUGAACAGCGUGCUGUGCAAGGUGACUAGUGAGUACCAGGACAUAACUCUUUUGGACACCAAGCGUUUUGGAAAAGUUUUGGUGAUUGAUGGCAAGAUGCAGAGUGCCGAAGUGGAUGAGUUUAUUUAUCAUGAAUGUUUAAUUCACCCUGCUCUGCUCUGCCACCCUAACCCUCAGAAUGUGUUCAUAAUGGGAGGUGGAGAAGGGUCUGCUGCAAGAGAAGCCCUCAAGCACAAGUCAAUAGAAAAAGUAGUCAUGUGUGAUAUAGACCAGGAAGUUGUUGAUUUCUGUCGUAGACAUCUGACAGUAAAUCAAGAAGCAUUUUCGAACAAGAAGCUUGAUUUAGUCAUUAAUGAUGCCAAGGCUGAAAUAGAGAAGAGAAACGAAAAGUUUGAUGUCAUAGUUGGAGACUUGGCAGACCCAGUUGAAGGAGGGCCUUGCUAUCAGCUCUACACAAAAUCUUUCUAUGAGCAAAUUCUGAAGCCUAAACUGAAUGACAAUGGCAUCUUUGUUACUCAGGCUGGACCAGCAGGAGUUUUCACCCACAAGGAGGUCUUCUCCUCUAUAUACAACACAAUCAAACAAGUCUUCAAAUACGUGGUUGCAUACAGUGCUCAUGUGCCAUCUUUUGCUGAUACUUGGGGAUGGGUUAUGGCCUCAGACCAACCCUUCUGUUUCAAUGCUGAGGAGAUAGACAGGAGGGUUGAUGAAAGAAUUGAUGGUGAAUUACUUCUUCUGAAUGGUGCUGCAUUCCUCUCCUCCGCCACCCUGAACAAGGCUGUUUCGCAAUCGCUGAUGAACGAGACUCAUGUCUACACCGAGGAUAAUGCAAGAUUUCUUCAUGGGCAUGGGGUGGCUAACAAAAAUUGAGGCCUCAUACCUUUGCUGGUGGGGGAGAGGGGGGAAUUGCUGUAUAGGAUAAUUAAAAACAAAUAUUUCAAAUAUCUCCAAAGAAAUCAAUCCAACAGUUGUUAGAACUGUUUGGUUUUGACAAUAGUAAUAUAGUAGCUUCAUUGGGGUGUUCAUACGACUCAAUAUGGCAAACUAUGUGAAACCUUUAUUUUAAUAUAAUGAACUAUGAGGCAUUCCUCCA